UUGCAAUCUCCGUUUCUCACUCCUUGGGCAAUUUGCCUUUUUAUCCAUUUAUACGCAGUUUUAAAUAUAUCUAUUUAUUUUUUUUGUUGUUAACAUUAUUCUUCAGCGAGGCAGUCGGUAACUGCUGCAUAGAGAAUGUCAAAUAAUGCCAACUUAGCAGGGGCUCCCGGAGCCCCAGGUGGUCCUGGAGGAGAGGGGGCAAUGCCUGGUCCACCUGCUGCCCCACCAAACACCACGAGCAACCGACGACUACAGCAGACUCAAGCACAAGUAGAAGAGGUGGUGGAUAUCAUGCGUGUGAAUGUAGAUAAGGUUCUGGAAAGAGACCAGAAGCUUUCAGAGCUGGAUGACAGGGCUGAUGCUCUGCAGGCCGGGGCUUCACAGUUCGAAAGCUGUGCUGCAAAACUGAAGAACAAAUACUGGUGGAAGAACUGCAAGAUGAUGAUUAUAAUGGGUGUCAUUGGAGUGAUCUUCAUUGGAAUUAUUUUCUUGUAUUUUUUCUCUUGAGCCAAUCUUCCUGCAACGAAUGAGAAAAUGACUGAAUGAUGUCAAAGAAAGCAUAAACAACCCUAUUAUGAGCUCCACUACUUUGGCUGAUCCUUCUCUCUUCAACCCUGAGCUCUUCGUUGAGCCAUCUUGCACCUUGCUGUGAUGGUAGCAUGCAGAUAUUUGCUCUUCAUUCUCCUCCCUGGAGGAGUUCAUUUAACAUGUUUUUUCUUUCAGUUUCUCUCUUCCUCUCUCUCUCUGAAUCUCCUACAUUAUUCAAACAUUCUGCAAACAUUUAUACAUGAAUGCACACACACACAGAGAGAGAGAGAGAGAGAGAGAUCAGAAGAAAAAACAAAGAGAGGGAGAGUGGGUGACACUUGUGAAGACAGGGUGGAUGGAUGUAAAAGGAAAUAGUUGUCAUCAUGAAAGGAGAUGCGUGUGUGUGUGUGUGUGAGAGAGAAAGUGUGAAAUAGCCAGGCAAACAUAAUUUCUUUCCCUGUAAUUCCAAUUCUUUCUCAUCUGACCUUUUGGAGAGCAUUUGUAAAGAAAAAAAAUAUAUAUACUGACUCCUGUCCCAUAUGACCUAUUGCUUAUCACUACUGCUUUUGCCAUUACAUCUAUUUACUAUUACAUGAUUCAUAUACUCAUCAUUUUAUUUAUGUACUUGUAUUUAUGAUCCAGAUUAGUGUGGCCAGUAGCUGUUAAUCCAGAAAAACCUGCACAGACAGAAGGAUUAUUAAAAGGAUUUGUUCACCCAAAAAUUAUCUUAAUUAUUAUCUCACCCUCGUGAUAUCCCAGGUGUG